AUGUUUGAAUGGUGCUCUUCAGAAUGGGCAGAAACUCGCUCAGCCAAGGGGAGCAUGGCAAACCAGUCAGCAAAGAAGGCGGAUCAGAGGACAAAGGACUUCAGGCAAUACCAUGGGUUAGCUAUUGUGGGACUAGCAGUGCUCUAUGCUCUUAUCAAGUUCCUCAUCUUCAGUGCAACAUGGCAGAGGAUGCACACCGUCCUGUUCGCCGUCUCCGUCGUCAUGCAGUAUGCAUGCUACAGCUGGAUCUUCAGCCACCUGGAGUCGGGUGGACGGCUGGAUGACAAGGGAGGGAUCGUCGAGAAGUGCAGGGACGUACUGUACCUCUCCAUGAUCGCCAUGACACUCUCGCUCGUCUCCGACUAUGCCUGGCUCUUGUACUCUAUCUUUCCUCUCUAUCUGGUCUGGAAGGUGCUGACGUGGAUUGGAUCGUCCGUGUUCGGGUCCAAGGAGGAGGAGCCGGUGGAGUACCAGCUCUCCAAGACCCAGCAGAAGAAAAUGAAGAGGGCGGAGAAAUUCGGAAGGGGCUAG